GAUAAGAAAACAGUAGGGAAAAGUGAAAAAGUGAUCUCAGAGAUCCCCAACAUGCCCCGUGAAUGUUCCGUUAUGAAUAGAGGCAACAGUUGCCGGUGGAACAGUGUCCGUGUGUGGAGCUGACCAGUAGGUUACAAACGGUCCGAUCGCCGAUGUUUUUGAACACGCUCAAGUGACAUGGCUUCGCGAUUAACGUCCGGUGCUCGGUUGUGCGUUCGCGCCAGUAUCGACAAGCUCGUGAGCAAGUUGUCUAGAAGUAAACAUCACGAAGCUUUAUCCACGUCCCCAUUACCCUUUGGGCAGCGGCUUGACCGGACAUUGCAAUGUUACCAGAAACAGUUGAACCGAAUCAGAUCGGAUCACCAGAGGAAUCUGCGUUUUUCUACACUCCAUGACACAGAUACAGAUUCACUAUCCACCGUUGACCCAUACAGGUUACUGGAGGACGACCUCAAAGACGUAUAUGUAGACAUAAGAAAGGAACUAGAAUUGAAUAGUAAUGAAGAUGAGUUACGAACGAUAGCUACGUAUUAUUUCGAUGGGCAAGGCAAAGCCCUAAGACCCAUGGUAGCCAUUCUAAUGUCACAUGCCAUAAAUUACCACACCAACAAUAAUGUUUUGAGUAAAAGUCAAAGAGAAGUUGCUAUGAUCGCAGAAAUGAUACAUUCAGCUUCUCUAAUACAUGACGACGUUAUAGAUCAAUCAGACUUUCGUCGAGGCAAGCCUAGUGUGAAUGCACUUUGGAGUCACAAAAAAGUUGCCAUGGCCGGUGAUUACAUUUUAGCUGUAACCUCCAUGAUGAUCGCCAGACUUAAUCACAGUGAUGUAACUAUCACCCUUAGUCAAAUCAUCACAGAUUUGGUACAAGGAGAAUUUAUGCAACUUGGUUCAAAAGAAACUGAAAAUGAAAGGUUUGCUCAUUACCUGACGAAAACAUACCGAAAAACAGCCAGUCUUAUUGCCAAUUCCGUAAAAGCGGAAGCAAUAUUAGCCGGCGCCGAUGAUAAAUUAGUAGAAGUUUCGUUUGAAUACGGUCGUAAUAUUGGGCUUGCGUUCCAACUAGUAGAUGAUCUAUUGGAUUUUGUUUCCAGUGAAGAUGCAAUGGGCAAACCAACUGCAGCUGAUUUGAAAUUGGGCUUAGCCACCGCUCCUGUACUAUUUGCUUGUGAAAAGUAUCCAGAAUUAAACGCCAUGAUCAUGAGGCGGUUCCAAGAACCAAGAGAUGCAGAGCGCGCCUUUGAGUUAGUGCACAAGUCACAGGGUCUCGAGCAAACGCGGUUUCUUGCCAAGAAACAUUGUCUAGAAGCCAUCCGAUUAGCUGGUAAAAUCGCUGAAUCACCUUAUCAAAAGUCAAUGUUGGUUGUGCCAGACCUAAUUGUAAAUCGCAUGAAAUAGUCUUCUACUUUAGCACUGGGAUAAUGACAACACACAACAACUUACACAUUUAUAAGAACUUUAUAGUAUACCAGUUGAUCAAGAACUAGUCCCAAUUAUUUAAAAAUAAUGAAAAAGUAUUAUGUUUAAAAAAUUUAUUUAUAUUGUUAAAAAUUUUUAAUGCCAAACAUUUAUAGGCACUUUUUUGUUAUUGUAUUAUGUUAAAUGUUUGAUAUAUUAUUAGUAUUAAAACCCUAAAAUAAUUGUAUAUUAAAACAGUUCUUAAAUUUGAAUCAUUAUUUUUCUAUAUGUUAACGAAUUUUGCACAUACUUGUUAUUGUGAAAAGUAAUGUUACUGAGACUCUUUAACUCAAUUUGUUAAUCUAUGUAUGUUUUAUUUACUUUUUCUGUUUUUAAUGUUACUCAAAAUUAUCUUGUUGUUAAUCUUUUUAGUUAAAAUAACAAUGCAAUAUUUCUCUUCUUAUUAGUUAUUUAAUUAGUGUUAUAUUAUUAACUUGCAAAAUAAUUCAUUUAUAAUUUAGUUUAUUAUUCAUGUACACUAUACUCUCAUUUUAACAGCCAAAAAAUUAUUAGCGACUAACUCUCCAAUUAUUUAGUAUUGGUACUUAUAAAAUGUUGAAAUAGAGAUUGUAGUAUACUAUUUAGAUUGUAAUUUGUAUUAAAUCUAUCUAUAUAAUUUUAUACUAUAAAACUAAAAUAAUCCCUUUUAGAUCAUUGACUAACAACACCUUAUUUUUCCAUUUUACUUAAAAAAGCAAUACUUGUCAAAAGUAAAAAUACUGUAAAUACCAAAGAAGAAUUAUUAUUUUAGUUAUCUUUAAAAAAUAUACAUAUUAUUAGUCUACAGCUUAGUUUUAAUUUAUAAGAAUAAUUAUUAUUAUUAUUUUUUUAAUUACCAUUUAAAAAUUUACCAAUGUGUAUAAAAAUGUGUUAGUUUUUUUUUUUGUAAAUUUGUUGUAAAUCUGCAUAUAUAACAUGGGUAACGGGAUAAUAAUAUAGUAAAUUAUUUUAAAAAACACAUAAAUAUAUUUAAUUUUUAAAUAUGCAUGUAUAAUUAGGUAAUACACUGUUAAUCUUUUAAUAAUUUUGUCUGGCUUUAACCUUAUUGCAAUUGUGUUGAUAGUUUAUUAUUUUUGUGCAUUUCUUUUCUGCAUAUUUCAUUAUGAUAAAGGAUAAUAAUGAUAAUGAUGAGGAUAAAGAACAUAAAUGUAAUGAAUAAAUUUUAUGUUUUAAU